ACGCGUAACUGCAGCGCAACGGGCGCGGUGGAAUUUCGGUUUCGGUGUCGAUCUUGACCCUCUCCGGGAGUGUACCCAGUACAGGGCGGCUGGACCAUGGACCUCGGGGAUUUCCAGCGGGACAACACGGGCAGCCGCCGUUUGAGCUCGCCCAUCCCGGAGCUCUGCCGGACCGAGGAGUGCUGCCUGGGCAUCGAUGAGGCCGGCCGGGGGCCCGUGCUGGGCCCUAUGGUGUAUGGCAUCUGCUUCUGCCCCCUGUCCCGUCAGGGGGAUCUCACGGCACUGAAGGUAGCAGACUCGAAAACCCUGACGGAAUCAGAGCGUGAGCGGCUCUUUGGGAAGCUGGAUGCAGCCCGAGAGUUUGUCGGCUGGGCCCUGGAAGUGCUAUCCCCCAAUCUCAUCUCCACCAGCAUGCAGCGACGGGCCAAGUAUAACCUGAAUGCCCUAUCCCAUGACACUGCCAUGGCACUGGUUCAGCAUGCCCUGGACAUGGGGGUGCGAGUCACCCAGGUGUUUGUGGACACAGUGGGCCCAGCUGAGAAGUACCAAGAGAAGCUGAAGCAGCGAUUUCCAGAGCUGGAAGUGACUGUGAAACCCAAAGCUGAUGCCCUCUUCCCUGUGGUCAGCGCCGCCAGUAUCUGUGCAAAGGUGGCCCGUGACCUGGUGGUGAAGAACUGGCGGUUCCUGGAGGAUUUAGGGGAUGGAAACAUGGACUAUGGCUCUGGCUACCCCAAUGAUCCCAAGACCAAGGAGUGGCUGUCCCGGAACCUGGACCCCGUCUUUGGCUUCCCACAGUUUGUGCGAUUCAGCUGGAGCACGGCCCAAACCAUCCUAGACCGCGAGGCAGUGCCUGUGCGCUGGGAGGAUGCAGAGGAGGAGGAGGGGGCUUCGUCAAGAAAGGGCACCCACUCCCUGCUCGCCUUCUUUGCUCGCAGAGAUGGUCCUGCCCAGCGCCAGCCUCACCGUUUCUUCCAUGAACGUAGACUGGAGAUCAUCACUAACCUAUAGGGGCUGAGUUUCUCCCCUCUGGAAGUGGGAGAGAGAGGAGCCCUUUCCCAACCUUCCAAUCUCGUGGGUUCAUUGUGUAACAAAGUGGGGAGAAGAAAUACAAAAAUAAUCCAGCUGGCCCCUGCAUAUGUGAGUGCAGAGGGUGUGGAUUUCCACUGUCCUGCUGGGCAGCUGGCUUUGA